GUUUGUAUUAGAUUGUAGAAGAUCGUUACAAAUUUAAGAGCAUGGAUCACAAUGUAUUUAAAAGAAAAUGGGUGGAUCGUACCAGUUUGGAAAAGUUCUUGUUUUUUGUGGUGUGUGUUUUAUUAAUUUUAGUUCUUGUAUUAUUAGUUAGUUUGUUCUCCGUACGAUCAGACGCUUUGGUCUGCACCAAACCAGAAUGCAUAAAAGCUGCCAAUCACAUAUUAGACAUGGUCGAUGUUUCUGUGGAUCCUUGCGAUGACUUCUACAAUUUUGCAUGUGGCACCUUCAUCAGAAACAACCAACAGAGAUCUUCGUUAACUACUCUGACCGAUUUAGCCAGAGGGCAGCUCAAAGAUGUAAUAAUGGGUUUCGAUCAUCCUAGUUAUUCUAGAGGGGUUAACUUGCAGAGAAAAUUUUAUCAGAGUUGUAUAAACGAAAGUGCCAUUGAAAAAGAUAACAGUCAGACGUUGCUGAAGAAGCUCGAUGAACUUGGAGGCUGGCCAUUGUUAAACAGUACUUCUUUCGACGAGGGUAGAUUCGACUGGAUGAGUGCAAUGGUUAAGGCGGCUAAAAUUGGUCUCCAAUACGAUUUUUUUCUCAGUAUAAAAACUUUAGUCGAUGAGACCGACAGAAAUAAACUUUUGAUAACGCCACCUUACCUAGGUAGUUUGAUCAAUGUAGAAUAUCCGGAGGCUUUGAUAGAAAUGAUGGAACAAGUUGGGAUGGACCUGGGUGGGUUACAUAAGGGAGCAAUUGUAGAAAUAAGAAACACUGUCAAUUUUAUAAAGGAGUUUAAUGCGAUUGUGUCCAAAGCUUGGAACCAUACAAAAAAUGAUGAUAGUGACACUAAAGUUCAACCAAUCAACAAGUUGAACCAAAAAUAUAUUUACAAACCGUGGAAAGAGUUCCUUAAUAAUUUAACAGAUGGAAUCAUGCAAUUCAAAAGCGACGAUGAAGUAACAAUAAAAGGUGAGGAUUACUUAAGAGAUUUGUAUUUUUUGCUUCUAAGGACAAACAAAAGAAUACAUGCUAAUUAUAUUUGUUGGUAUAUCUUGAUUGAUAACAUGCAGUUUUUGAAGGAAAGUAUAAGAAAUAAAAUACGACAUGUAAGUGAAGAUGUUGGAGAAGAAAUUAAAAAUAGAACAGAAGAGUGCUUUAUAAUUUCCCGACAAUUCUUUCCAUAUGUAGCUGAAGGAGGAUUUCUAAGAAGGUAUACUAAAAAAAGUGAUGUUACUGAUAUAAACGAAAUGAUACAAAAUAUUCGCGACCAGUUUUCUGUAGCUUUUAAAUACAAUGACUGGAUGGACGAUGAAACCAAAAAAAUGAUGCAAGAAAGACUGGAAAGCCUCUCGCAAUCAAUAGGCUGGACUAAUUUCGUUUACAAAGCUGCAGAUUAUGAAAGAUCCUUGGAGAUUGAUCGAAUUAGAUUCAUGGACAAAAAUAUAAUUAACAUGGUCACAGAACUUCGCCGCAAUGACCUUUAUAAAACCUUCUCCUACAUAAAUGAAACUGUGGAUUUGGAAUAUCGAUUGCGUUACCCCGUUAUUGAUGUGAAUGCUUAUUUCAUUUUUGGUAUCGACACAUUAAUACUUCCGUUGCCAAUAAUUAGAGGUUUCAUUUAUGACGGUGAGAGACCAAACUACAUGAAUUAUGGCGCCUUAGGAUCAAUCAUUGGUCACGAAUUUACACACAGUUUUACUUUGACGGGAGAUCAUUCUUACCCCGUUAAUAACACCUGGAUGACCAACAGUUCCAUGACCAAGUUCCAUGAAAAAGUUCAAUGUGUUAUAGAAGAAUACGAUAAAUACCUGAAUGUAACUGAAGGCCUUCAUAAGACUGUAACGUCUAACGAUUUGGUGGAUGAAAAUAUUGCUGAUAUAACAGGUAUCACAGUAUCCUACAGAGCGUAUCGAGACUAUGUACUGAAGAAUGGUAUUGAAAAUAACCUACCCGGAAUCAAAUUUAACCAAAACCAACUCUUCUGGAUAAUGUCCAGUACUUAUUUAUGUGAAAGCAAGAGCCACAAAGACGUUUCCACAAAGAAAGUGCGUCACAUGAAUUCCAGACUGAGAGUGUUGGGUACUUUGAUGAAUUCGCCAUACUUCGCUGACGACUUUAACUGCCCGACUGGAUCUCGCAUGAAUCCAAGUAAAAAAUGUUCAGUAUUGACUUAAUUUAAUAAAUAGUAAUAUAACCUUCAAAUUUAUUAAUA